CAGGGACCGAGCGAGAAGGGCGGAGGAGAAGGGAAAGACUAGAGGAGCAGCAGCCAAUCGGGCCGCACCGAGCGCCCUCUACCUCAGCCCCGGCUCCUCCCAGCCCGCCGCUCUCUCUGUCCCCUCACCACCACACUCACACAACUCCAGGCCACAGCCAUGUCAACCGGACACCAGCACAGCCAGAGCCGGGCCAUCCCCACCAGGACCAUCCCUAUCAGCGACUCCUCUCAGCUACCUCAUGACUACUGCACCACCCCCGGGGGCACGCUCUUCUCCACCACCCCUGGAGGUACAAGGAUAAUCUAUGAUCGCAAGUUUCUCUUGGACCGUCGCAACUCCCCAUUGGCUCAGACCCCACCCCGCCGCUUGCCUGAUAUUCCUGGAGUGACCAGCCCUAGUACUGUUGUAGAAGAACCCAAAGUAGAAACAAACAAUUUGAACAAUCAUGACAGAAAGACUGCUAUUGGCGAUGAUGCUCAAUUUGAAAUGGACAUCUAACUUCCCGGAUGCUUAAAAAGCACUCAGAAUUUGCGUGAACCUGACAUGGCCAAUAGGAUCAUUAAUGAAAAAGGGGCAAUGCCGCUCUCAAGCGUGUAGAAAACAAUCCUUCCAGGUGCCAAAGGUCAACGCAACUAGGCUCCCUUUUUUUUCUUUUUUUUUUCUCCCCCAAGAAUAAUCCCACUCCAGCUACUGUAAAGUAUGGAGGUGGUGAAGGGACUUGUGACUCUGAUUUCAAUGGCUUGAAGUUGGCAAGUGGGAAUAAAUACAGUUUGCAAAUUUGUACUGUAGCUUUGCAAAUACAUGUGGACUAUGGGUGGCAUAAAUGAAUAUUCCUUUUUUUUUUUUUUUUUUUUUUUUUCAUCCCACUUUUUUUUCUGUUUUUGUCAAAAUGUCACUAAAGAUUUGCCCUAUGGUUUGGAAAGAUACCCAGGCCAUAGUGGAUAUGUUUCUUUGUAAUAUAUUGGCUUAAUUCUGUAUACAGUGAUCUCAACAGCAAAAAUAGUCUCAAGGAACCAUAACGUCUCUGUUAAUCUUGUUUGGCGUCCUUUUUAUAGGGCCACUAAAGAUUUCUGCCUUUUUGAAGUCUUAAAUCAGGUCCCCUGUUCAUUGCAACGUGUAUGCUGCCUGUUAAGGGAGGGCAUUUUUUUUGGAAUGACUGAUUUAUGAACAUUGUCAAUCCAUGUCCGUUACUGAUUUGGUUGGGCUUGACUUUGCCUUUAUGCAAAUCAAUCGGAUUGAAUUUACACCCAACAUAAAUUUUUACUUAAGGUUGUGUUUUGUAAAUCAAGAAGAUGACUGUGGGUAUAUGAGGGCAUAACACCUUCCCUUCUCAGCAUUGAGAGUAAUUUCAGGUUGCCAUAACUUGUCUUAUACAAGAUCAUGCCCUAUAAUCUAUGUACUUCUUGAUUAUCUUGUAUUUUGGCAUAGUACUUUAUAGAUCAAGUGAGUUUUGAGCCCAAGCUUAAGAAAUUUGCCUUGUAAAGGAAAGAAAGUAUUUGUGAAAGGUUCUUAAAGUGCAUUUCAGAAUAAAACUAAAGUGUUAAGGAGAGCUGCAUUUUGACAAUGUUUAAGAGUUUCUUUUUCAUGACUUUUUAACAUCUCCUUAAACCACUUCUAAACUGAAUGCCAAAGUAUCCAAAACAAUGCUAUAAUUUUCUGUUUUCUACAGAGGGUAUUAAAUGCAAAAUGUAUUGGCCAAAUGUGAUCAAGUUUUAGUUGAUGAUCAGGCCGGAAAUGAUCAUUAGGUGCUAAUAAACAUUGCAUUAUGUGCUUCUCUGGAUUACUGUUUCUGCUGUGCAAAAAAGUCUUCCUGCCCCCCUAUCCCUUUAGCAUAACAAAAUCCAAAUGUUGGACAAUCUGUCAUUUUUUUUAUUUUCUCUCCCAACUAUCCACAUCUGAAUCUGGUUCUUUUGGUAGUAAAAUUGGUAGAGUUAAACAGCAUCUGUCCCUUUUUGUUAACACAUGAAACUGUCAACACCGGGUAGUGGAGUUAACAUCAAUAUGUGAGGUAUGCCUUUGUAUUUUAUUUGAUGGCUUUAUUGCAAUAACUUUAUAUAAUAAUUUUUCUGAGUUUGAGGAAUGGCCCAGGGUCCACAGGCUCCAACUAUUUAGGGCUUGCCUUCCUGCACAGGCCAUGUGUAGAUAGCCUGUGCCAUCAGUGAGUAUUGCAGUGCACAUGAAGUGAUUCGGUUCCUCAAUCUGUCAGACUCUUUGAGCUCCCUCACUGCCUCUAGUGGUAAGUCUAGCUUUUCGAAGCUCGCGUAGGGAGUCCGACAGGUUUAGAAUCAAACUUGCUGUGCAUGUACCGAAAUACUUAUUGACGUUGCAGGCAAUCUACACAAGGCCACCGCUGGCAGGCAAGCACUGUGUGCCAAUCACUGUGUGGAGCGGUGUGAUGUCAGGAGAGAGGUGUUGGGGCCCUUGGCCAUCAUGGACCCCAGGCCAUGCAUCUCUGACAAAUAUUUUUUCUUUAUUUAUUGCAAUAAAGGAACCAAGUAAAAAUACAAAGGUAUGCCUUGAACGUGGACACUACCCCUAUUACUGUGUCGGCAGUUUACAUGUGUUAGUGACAGCUGCACUUUAAAGGGGUACUCCGGCCCUAAGACACCUUAUCCCUUAUCCAAAGGAUAGGGCACAAGAGGUCUGAUUACGGGGGUCCUGCCGCUGGGGACCCCCACAAUCUAUAAUGCAUCACUGACCUGUCUCAGCAGCACGAAGCGAUGAUCGCUCUGUGUCUGAAGACUCAGGACCACAGGGCCGGAGUAUCGUGACGUCAUGACUCCGCCCCUUGUGAUGUCACGACUCGCCCCCUCAUGCAAGCUUAAGGGAGGGGAUAUGGGACAAGAUGUCUUAGGGCCGGAGUACCCCCUUUAAUGUGUAAAUAAGAGCGCUUGGGGGCCAGUUCAACCCUCUGCAGUUGGCAUUUAAUGUGUUAAGUUUUCCCCAUGUUUUCUUUUGGAGCAUUUUUUUUUCAUGGGAUUAAAACAUGAAAAAAACUAAGCUGAAUUUAUGGAAAAAAGCAUAAAAUCAUUAAAACACACCCAAACAAUU